AUGCUGCCGUUGCUGCUACUGCUCCUCGCGAUAUGGAUCGAUCCCUCCCUCGCCCAGCAGCAGCCCGCGAAUUGCAAUGGCCAGCUCAAUCAGCUCAUUCCCUGCCUCUCCUACGUCCAAGGCCAGGCGACUCAGCCCGCGCAAAGCUGCUGCAGCGGCCUCAAAUCGAUCGCCGGUUCAAAUCCCGCCUGCCUCUGCUCGCUCAUCUCCGCCAACGCGGGUUCGAUCCCCGGCAUCAACUCCACCCUCGCGCUCGAGCUUCCAGCAAAGUGUAACUUACAGGGGUUAAAUCCCAGCCUGUGCUCUGUUGCCCCGGCUCCAGGAGGUUUGGUUCCAGCACUGGCCCCAGUUUUGGCGCCCCAGACUGCCCCACUUAAGCAAGGCGGCCACAGGCACAGAAGACCAGUGGCAGCCCCAGCCCCCGUUACAGCGACCCCGUCUCCAGUUGCGGCUUCACAGGCCCCGGCAUUGGCGCCUUCCCAGAGUGUGAGCAAUCCAUUUGGGACCGGUUCUCCCAGGCCUUUGGGAAACGUGUACGGCAUUGUUUGGAAGGAGAGAAAGCGCGCUUGGAGGGAUUGGGCACAAGAGGUAGGGCGUGCGAGAAAUCCUUUCGAUUGGAUCGAUUCUCUGCGAUCUUGCUGCUAG